AAUAAUUCUGAAAUUAUUCUAAAAACCAGCAAGAUAAUUAUGUCUAGUGAAGCGCAACAACAACCACAAGAUGCGGGGAAUGAGGUCGCCCCAGCAAAUGGUGAGGCUCCCGUCGAGGGACAAGCCCAAGGUCAACAACAGCCACAGCAACCUCAAUCAAAAAUGGAAUCAUUCUUUGCAAUGACAAAAUCUUUAAUUCUACGUGCCCUUAUCAUUUAUUUUGUAUCGUCGUUCUUUAGACGAGGUCAACCCGUUGCCAAUCCCAAUGCUAACGAUAAAUCACCAGCUGCCUCAGGACCUAAGCUGCAUGCAUGGAACUUCUUUGAAAAUGGUACCCUCUACGAUUUACAUGUUUGGCUAUCCGAAGAUCCAGAUCAAGUAAAUUUUCAACAAAAAUCAAAUUUACUUUGGCUGCAGGAAGAUCUAACAUAUGGCGAUUGGAAAUCGGGACCAAAUCGUGAUGGUCUCUAUUAUCAUCAUGUCAAUGUUAAGGCGACACCACAACUAAUGAAUAACGGUUCGAUUUAUUUACAUGCAUUUGUCACGAAACAGGGUGAAUCGCCCGAUCCGAAUGCGGCAAAUUUUGCCCGCAAUGGUGUGUUUGGUUAUCAAACGAAACGACUGAAUAAAUUCAAAAAGAUACGUGUCAAUCGUAACUAUAAUCUGUUGGCAAGUGAAAAAGAGAAAAUCGCCCAAGAAAUUGCCCAGGCUAAUUUGAAAGAUACCAUUGUAUCGCAUUGGCAUCAAAAUUUAACUGUCAACUUGGUGGUGGAUCAAACAAAUUGGGCUCAAGGUACGGUGCCACCACCAUUGGAUGAAUAUGUUAAAUUUGUAGAUGGUGGUAAAACAUAUUUGCCCAUUGUUUUCAUCAAUGAUUAUUGGAAUUUGCAACGUGAUUAUUAUCCCAUUAAUGAAACAACACCAGAGCUGCCUUUACAUUUGACAUUCCAACCGAUUGGUAUGUUCAAAUGGCAAUUGUAUGCGGCCCAGCAAAUGAAAAAUAAAUUUGCCGGUAAUAUGUUGGGUGAACUAAUGGCUUCGGGUGGUGCUGAGGAAUCCGAUGAAGAUCAAGAUUCUCUUAAGGAAACAAUGUUGGAAACCAAUAUCUAUUUAUUGGGUCUCACCAUUGCCGUCUCAUUGCUGCAUUCCGUCUUCGAACUGUUGGCCUUUAAAAAUGACAUACAAUUUUGGAAUAAUCGUCAAUCGUUGGAAGGUCUGUCGGUGCGUUCCGUUUUCUUUGGUGUAUUCCAGGCUCUGAUUGUGCUCCUCUACGUUUUGGAUAAUGAUACUAAUUUCAUGAUUCGUGUAUCCUGUUUCAUUGGCCUUGGCAUCGAAGUGUGGAAAAUACACAAAGUUGUGGACAUCAAUUAUAGCAGCGACCAGAAGAUAUUGGGCAUUUUCCCAAAAAUUUCCUUCAACGAUAAGGGUUCAUAUUCGGAAAGUUCCACCAAAGAAUAUGAUAAUUUAGCAUUUAAAUAUUUAAGUUGGGUAUGUUUCCCAUUGCUGAUCGGAUAUUUUGUUUAUUCGCUGGUCUACAAUGAACACAAGGGCUGGUACUCGUUUGUGUUGAAUAUGCUCUACAGCUAUUUGUUGACAUUCGGUUUCAUUAUGAUGACACCUCAACUGUUUAUUAACUAUAAAAUGAAAUCGGUCGCUCAUAUGCCAUGGCGCAUGAUGACCUAUAAAUUCCUCAAUACCUUUAUCGAUGACAUCUUUGCAUUUGUUAUAAAAAUGCCCACAAUGUAUCGGCUGGGUUGCUUCCGUGAUGAUAUCGUCUUCUUUGUUUUCCUCUAUCAACGCUGGCAAUAUCGUGUUGAUCUGAAACGUGUUAAUGAGUUUGGUUUCUCCGGCGAAAUGGUCGAAGAGGCUGCCCAAAAGAAACUCGAGGGCACAACGCCAGCUGUCAAAGAUACUCCAAAAUCUGCACAAGAAAAGAAAAAAGAUUAAUGUAAA